GAUGUCAUUAAUAUUGUCAUUUUUGGCAUACAAAUAUUUUUCAAAUUUUAGUUAUUAAAUACAAAAAACCUUAAAAUGUCGGAAGCAGAAGGAGAGGCAGAGGAGGCACCCCCUCCUCCACCAGCCGAAGAAGGGGAUGUAGGUACAGUAGAAGUCAAGUCUUUUCAUAGUGCAAGAACUGAACCCCUAAGCACCGAUCCCUUUACCACGGAAUUUAUGUACUACACCUCAGUUUUAAAGAUUCUAGCACCCUUUUCCAACGCCAAUGAUAGAUACUUGGCCAUACCAUGGAUAAGAAAGUUAUUCAGACCAGAAUACCACACUACAAAGUUGAGAGAAAAAAGAAACAGGUUUCCAAUCCAACCCAAACCUAGUCGUACGACUCUCUAUCACACCAUUUUUCUUAGGUACCUUUCACUUCUAACAGCAAGCCUUCUUCUGGACGAAGUGAUGACAACCUUCAAGAAGAACCCGCCAGAAGGUCCCCUUCUAGAUUUGGACGAGUUGAAGAUGCCUGAAUGCACUGCGGCGCAUUGGGAAACCGACACCAUGUGGCAGGAUACUUUGAAAACUCUACCUGGAAACUUUAAACUCCUCAAAUGCACCAUACACGAAACCGAGGAGGCAUGCCAUGACGAUCACGAUCUCGACCAGAUUUUGGACCAAGAGUUUCAACUGUUUUUGCACAUUGCAAGACCCUAUGCAGGAGUGUUGAAGGGACACGACAAAACCCGAAUAGCCAAUUGGCUUCAAAUCCUCUGUUCAAUACACGGAAAAGAAUGCUGUUCUGCUAUGAAAUCCAUCAGAAACGAUUACAUUAUGGCCCUGCUAUCGUACCUGCAUGAUUUAAGAACUCCCGGACCUUUCAUGGACUAUCCCCCGCUAAAAUAUUUAGUUUCUUUGCCCGAUGCCGCGUCGAAAAUAAACGAUCCUAGACCCAUUACCGAUCCCACGCACCCCGAGGCCGAUAAGUUUUUGUGUUCGCAGCAUAUACCGGAGGACGGAGCUUUCUGCUACAUUGCCAUAACGGGAGAGUUGAUAAACCAUGUUACAGAAAAGGAGGAUAUUACCAAAAAUACAUCCGGCACAAUAGACGUGCCAAAUGGAGGCCCCACACAAAAAAUACUUCAUUCUAAUAUCGGUAAUUCGCCAUCGAUCAAACCUUUUUAUAUAAGGCCAAAACGUUCUGUGACGUCCAAAUCUGUAUGGGUGCACGUCAUCAAUGCAAUAUCAGCAUUACCAACUUUGAAUUGUAAAGUUAGCUUUUUAAAGGAACCACCAAAACAAAUGGACGGCGCAUUGCCAUUCAAUAACAAUGAUUUGUUUGCGGUCAACAAACGGUCACAGUCUAAAGGCUUGAACACAAUGGUACGGCGUUCGACGGCGUUUGACGGCGUCAAAUGUCAAACCAAAGUUGAAACAAUGCAAAUGCAUGAUACCGCACACAAUGCACGUCGUUGA